AUGUGUGUAGGGAAGUCGCAGGGGUGGGUGGGAGAGAGAGAGAGAGAGAGAGGCGUGUGGACGGAGGCGCCGGUGAGGAUGACUGCGGCCCCAUUCACAAUUGGGAAUUUGUUUCUCUCCAAAAGGAGGGGAGAAUAUAAUAAUAAUAGCAACAAUAAUAAUAAAGGAGAAGCUAUGGUGGUGGUGAGGGAGAGACGAGGAAACAAAAUUCACAUCGCCGUUUGUGCCGCUUCUGUUGCGAACCGCUGGAUUCUUGUGAUGUGUGUCUAUGCGGUUUCUUUUUUUUUUUUUUGUGUGUGUGACUUUUACUUAUUCAAUGCGUGCGCGUGUGUGUGA